GAGCAAAAAAAUCCACUAAAAGUGUCACAAUUUGAAAUAUACUUGACACUACUCUCUUGUCCCAACAAAGAGUUAAAAUGGCUUCUUGGUUUGAACAAACUCCUCCAAGAAAUUACAAGAAGAAUAGAGUAAAUAAGCCAAAAAGUUUUGAUGAAUCAAUCUUUAUACCAAAAAAUUCACCAACUUCUUUUGCAACUAAUUAUGGUUACUAUUCCUACACAUACACAAAAGAGAAGAAACUUCAUCCUGUUUUUCCUUUGCCUUUGCCAUUAGAUUCACCUAAUUUCUCUACAAGAUCAAGUUGUGGAUCAUCCCCUACCUCAUCUCAGUUAAAUGAUGAUGAAGAACAAGGGAUUAGUCCACUAUUUAGUCCACUCAGAAACAAAUGCAAUGACUGGUCAAGAACAUCAAAUGAGGGUUCAAAAUCUAACUCUCCUUGCACUUCACCAACAACAUAUCCAGUAGAAUGGGAUAAGAAAUUGGAUUUUCCUAAUGGGAAACAAGAAAAGUGUAAUCAUCCGCGCCAUCCUCUUCCUCUUCCUCUUCCACCAAAUUCUUCUAUUAAUAAUAGAACAAGGCAAUGGAAGAAAGGGAAAUUGUUAGCAAAAGGGACAUUUGGAAAUGUUUAUGCUGGAUUUAAUAGUGAUAAUGGACAAAUGUGUGCUAUAAAGGAAGUAAGAAUCAUCUUUAAUGACACAACAUCGAAAGAACGUCUCAAGCAGCUAAACCAGGAGAUCACAUUGCUCAGUCAAAUCUCACAUCCAAACAUUGUGCAGUACUAUGGAAGUGAAUUGAGAGGAGAUAAAUUGUCACUCUACUUAGAGUAUGUUCCAGGAGGUUCAAUUCUCAAACUACUUCAAGAAUAUGGUCCUUUUGAAGAACAAAUUAUCAAAAGUUACACUCGAAAAAUUCUCUCCGGAUUAGUCUUCUUGCAUGAGAGAAACAUAGCACACAGGGAUAUUAAAGGAGCAAAUAUACUAGUAAAUGCUAAGGGUGAAAUCAAGCUUGCAGACUUUGGAAUGGCUAAACAUAUAAACUCAUGUUGUUUGAUGGAUUCUUUCAAAGGAAGUCCAUAUUGGAUGGCUCCAGAGCAGGUAGUAAAAGAUGCAGGAGGUUCCAGUGUUGCUGUAGAUAUUUGGAGCCUAGGUUGUACUAUUGUUGAGAUGGCAACAGCUAAACCACCAUAUGAAGGAGCAACUGCUGCAUUAUUCAAACAGGCAGAUGGGAAAGACAGUCCUGAAAUUCCCAGGAACCUCUCAGAUGAUGCAAAGAGUUUUUUGAAACUUUGCCUGCAGAGGAAUCCAAGUCACCGUUUGACAGCUGUUCAGCUGCUACAUCAUCCAUUUCUUCAGGCUUAGUGGUGACAAGGAGGAAUUAGCCACCACUCCAUCUUGAUGAGAAUCCUCAUCAACCGGACAAUUUUAUGGCUGUAGAUAUUGCUAGCUUGUAUCUCGACGAUAAAUCAACCAAGACGAGGAUAGUGAAGAGAUCCUUUUAAAGCUGUAGCAAGAUGGGAAAGAUCUGGAUAGGAGAAAUGAAGAUCAAGACUACAUGUCAAGGAAAUGAAUACGAGCUAGUUGUUAGACUACAAAGCAAAGGCAGACGGUGUGUUCAUUAGCCGGUGAUAAUAUAGUGUGAUUUCAGAGUUCAAUUCUAGCUCCGCCCCUACACAUAGAGAAAAGGUUGCGGAUGUAAGAUGUUCCACUAAGAGCAUCCCACCCUCUUGGUGGAUCAGUUGUUCUGUUCUGCCUUUACAUUUGUGUUUUACCGUAUUUCAUUCAGUUCAAUCAUGGAUGGAUGACCUUAAAAUUA